UACGUAUAUGACCAUAGUGGCUAUUUCGAGAAUGAAAAAAUGUGGUACUUUUAAUAAAGUAAUGCUACGGUUAUGCUUUUUAUUUUAAAAUGUAUCUCGUAAACCGAUAAAAUCCCGAGAGGAAAGUUAGUUAGCUAAUCUCACUCUUUACUUCCUGGUGCUACCGGACACUUUUUGUCAAAUUCAGAGCUACAACCGUUAUGUAUGCUUACCAUUAUUUUUUAAAAGAAAAUAGGCGCUGUUCAAGACUGUUUUAGCGAUUAACUGCGGGGUAAAUUACCCUAUUACUGCUAAAAUACAUCGUUUUAAGCGUAAGUUGACGUCACCGUUAUACGCGAGUGCGCAUGCCCACAAGUGACGGUUCCGUCCACUUCCUUCCCUUCCAGAAGGAGCGUGGUGAAGAUGGCGGCGGAAAAGUCGAAGCCGAGCGAUCUUUACAAAUGCGUAUAUUCGUUUCUGGUGGAGAACAAGUUCACCAAGGCGGCGCAGCAGUUUCUGAAACAGACUAAAGUGACCCCACAAGAUGAAAAUGAAGAGAGCCUCGUCAACAUCUACAACUUCUGGGUGAAGUCUCCUGAAGCCAGGAAACGAAAAGCACCUCCUAACGAGGGUGAAACUUCAAAUGGUCCAUCAGCCAAGAAAGCAAAACCCAGUGCAGAGAGCUCCAGUGAAGACUCAAGCAGCGAGGAUGAAGAAGCUGUUGCAAAACCCGCAAAGGCAGCCCCUGCAGCCAAGGUUGUGCCUGCUAAAGCAGCAGCAGCUGCUAAAGCCGCAUCCAGCAGCAGUGAAGACUCCAGUGACUCUGAGGAGGAGAAGGCACCUGCAAAAGCUCCUGCAAAGGCUGCCGUGAAGCCGCCUGCUGCUCCUGCUGCAGGAAGGAAGAAAGACAGCAGCUCCAGCAGUGAGGAAUCUGACUCUGAGGAUGAGCAGCCCGCCAAAGCCUCUGCACCAAAACCCAAGGCUGGUGCAGUCACAACACCCAAACCAGCUGCCGCUGCUAAAGGCGCAACUCAGAAAAAGCAGGAGAGCAGCAGUGAAGAUAGUUCCUCAGAUUCUGAAGAUGAAGAACCUGCAAAGGCUCCAGCCAAACCUGCACCAGCAAAACCUGCCCCAGCAAAGAAGGCUGCAGCUGCUGCUGAAUCAAGCAGUGAAGACUCUUCAUCUGAAGAUGAGGCUCCUCCCAGCAAAAAACCCAAAGCAGGAGCAUACAGUGCAGUCCCACCUCCUGCCUCAGUCCAGAAAGCUCCAGCUGCACCCGCAGCUACAAAGAAGCAGGAGUCCAGUUCUGAGAGCUCAGAUUCAAGCUCAGAUGAAGAGGAGGCAAAGAAGCCUGCAGCCAAAGCCACCCCAGCUAAAGCUGCCCCAGCCAAGGCUGCACCUGCUAAAGAGGAAGACUCAGACUCAUCAAGUUCAGAGGACGAAGAGGAGGCAAAGAAACCUGCUGCCAAGGUGACUCCCGCUAAGGCCGCUCCAGCUAAAGCUGUUGCAGCCAAAGCCACGCCUGCUAAAGAAGACUCAUCAGAGGAGGAUUCCAGUUCAGAGGAGGAGGAGACGGCAAAGAAGCCCACAGCUAAACCUGCACCCGCCAAGGCUGCACCUGCCAAGGCUACUCCUGCUAAAAAAGACGAGUCCUCAAGCUCAGAGAGCAGCUCUGAAGAUGAGGCUCCAGCAAAGCCUGCCGUUAAAACUGCACCUCCACCGAAGCCUGCUGCUGCUUCUAAACCCCCAGCCAAGGCAGCAGAGAGCAGCUCUGAGGAAGACUCAUCUGAAGACGAGGAAGAACCGGCGAAAGCCAAGCCGGCAGCCAAGCCAGCCUCUAAACCAGCUACCCCUGCUUCAAAGCCUGCUACCCCUGUAGCAAAGCCUUCUGCAGCAGCGGAGAGCAGCUCAGACUCUGACUCCUCUGAGGAUGAGGAAGAACCAGCUAAGGCUAAGCCAACAGCAGCUAAGCCAGCUGCAAAGGCUGCUACACCUGUUGCAAAGCCUGCUAAAGCAGCAGAGAGCAGCUCAGACUCCGACUCUUCUUCUGAAGAUGAAGAACCAGCAGUCAAAACUAAACCUGCAGCGGCUAAACCAGCUACGCCAGCCUCAAAGCCGGCAACUCCUGCAGCAAAGCCUGCUGCAGAGGAGAGCAGCUCAGACUCUGACUCUUCUGAGGAUGAGGAAGAGCCAGCCAAGGCUAAGCCAACAGCAGCUAAACCAGCUACACCAGCUGCAAAGCCAGCUGCCCCUGUUGCAAAGCCUGCUGCUAAAGCAGCAGAGAGCAGCUCAGACUCUGACUCCUCUUCUGAAGAUGAAGAACCUGCAGUCAAGUCUAAACCUGCAGCCAAAAAGCCUGCUACUCCUGCAGCAAAGCCUGCUACUCCUGCAGCAAAGCCUGCUACUCCUGCAGCAAAGCCUGCUAAAGCAGCAGAGAGCAGCUCAGACUCAUCUUCUGAAGAUGAAGAACCAGCAGUCAAGUCUAAACCUGCAGCAGCUAAGUCAACUACACCAGGCUCAAAGCCUGCUACUCCUGCAGCAAAGCCUGCUGCUGCUGCUGCUGCUGCAGCAGAGAGCAGCUCAGACUCUGACUCCUCAUCUGAGGAUGAGGAAGAACCAGUGAAAGCUAAGGCAGCAGCAGCGGCUAAACCAGCUGUCCCAGUUACAAAGCCUGCUGCAAAGGCUGGGGCACCAGCAGCAGAUAGCAGCUCUGACUCAGACAGCUCAGACUCUGAGAGUGAGGCAGCAAAACCUGCAGUCAAGAAACAAGCAGCAGCAGCAGCAGCAGCCCCUGCUGGCACACCCACAGCCACAAAGGCAGCUGCAGCUCCAAAAAAGAAGGCUGAGGAGAGCAGCUCUGAGUCUUCAGACAGCUCGGAUUCAGAGGCAGAAGCAAAGUCCACCCCUGCAAAGCCUGCAGUCACCAAUGGCAAGGCUGCAACACCCAAGGCAGCAACACCCAAGGCUGCAGCAAAACCAGCAGAGUCCUCAUCCAGUGACAGCAGCUCUGAAGAGGAAGAGGAGGCCAGUAAAAGUAAACCUGCUACACCUGCCCCAACACCCAAGACGACCCCAGCAGCUAAACCCAAAGACGCCAGCAGCAGCUCUGAAGAGAGCUCAUCAGAUGAGGAGGAAGCACCACGCAAAGCAGCCACAGCACCCACCACCCCUGUAACAAAUGGUACAAAUGGAAAGAGAAAAAGAGAUGAAGAGUCGUCAUCAGAGAGUGAAGAGGAAGAAGAAGAGACAGAAGUCAAUACACCAAAAAACAAGAAAGCAACAACCACACCACAGACGUUUCCUAAAGCCAAUAAGAAGACCUCCAACGUACCGUUCCGUAGAAUAAGAGAGGAAGAAGUAGCGGUGGAUCCCCGUCUUGCAGACAAUUCUUUUGAGGCAAAGUAUGGAGCUGAUGGGGACUGGGGCCAGAAAGCCAACAAUGUGCUCAAGUUCACAAAAGGCAAAUCAUUCCGCCACGAAAAGACGAAGAAGAAGAGAGGAAGCUACCGCGGCGGCGCCAUCUCCACUACAGUCAACUCUAUUAAGUUUGACAGUGACUGAGGACGCUCCCUCUCUGGACCCUCCCACCUGAACUUUACUGUACCUGUGUGAUCAGGACUAUCAGUUGUCUGCUUCCCCCUUCUGUAAACAGUCCCUCUAUCAUCACUACCCAACAGCAGCACGCUGACACAGGAGUGUGACCGUAGAGCUGAGCUGGCACUUCCAUGCAGUUAGCUGCCCUUAGUUUGUAGAGAUGUUCCCAUACUUCUAAAGGUUGACAUCCAUUACCACUUAUAGCCACUAGGUGGCUGCAGGCCGCCUGUUGAUGGGAAAAAGCCAAUGUGUGUGUUGGGCCCUCUUGUCAUUUCUUUGUGAUACUGUUUUCUCAUCUAUCUGUGUAUGUAUGACAGCCAUCCAUCCCAACAGGUUCUUUAUUAUGUAUUAAGAAAAGGCUGGAGUGAUUUUUUUUUUUUAAUGGAUUCUUGGAUCUUCUUUGGUUGUUUGUCGAUUUUUAUUUGGCCACAUUUAAAAGUGGAGAGGGUGUGUGCUUGGGUUUUUUCUCUUUAUAUUACACAAACAUUUUGAGAGUAGAACUGAGUUUUAUACUGUGUAUUUAUUAAGUUUUAUUCCAUCUCGUUGUUUAGGACCUCAGAUGUUUUUCCAUUCUAUUCUCAAGCCAUUUUGCUUUGAAACUAUUGUUCUAAUGUGAGGAUACCCCUGACAACCCUCCAUAAUCUGUUUGUUAGUGGUAGUGAAUUUAUGAUUCACUAACAGAACUAAGAGCCAUUUUUGUUUCAUUGUUUGAAUUUACUGCGUAAACUUUUCUGUUGUUUUGUAUUAAUUCUUGUCGCUGUAAUUAAAGGCCUAAAAGAUUAAAUGUUGGUGUGAUGGGA